CAUCUUUCUUUCUUUCAUACAUUCUCAAACAUGGCGUUUGAAUUCCUAGCUACGGGUCAAUACAAAAUCAUCUUGGGAAAGUCAUUUGACGCAAAACCCAAGAAAAAAGCUCCCAAGUACUUUAAUGUUAAAAAUAAAGCAAGCUCAGAUUCACAUGCCUAUGGUAGUGAAGCCAAAUUAGAAAAAAAGAAGGAUAAAUACCAAGUUGAAAUGAAACAUACAAGCGGUCCUAAUAUAGCCUACGAAGCCGAAGUAUCGACAGAAGAAGAAUACAAUUGCAUACUUAUUUACAAUGAAGAGAAAAAGACGAUCACACUAGAGCGCCAAAGUGCGCAGAUCAAACUCACACGUAAAAUACAUACACCACCACCAGUACCACCGCCAGUGUCAGAACCACCACAAACCAAUCAUAGUGCAAUGACCAAUUCUCCCUUACCAGGUAAUCAAUAUACAACCAUCCAUACACCGCCUAUUGUUCCCAAGGAGCAGAAAGUGGUCAGAACACCCCCACCCCCACCCCCACAAACACAUACACAAACACAUACACAAACAGUGGUAGCAACACCCACUGUUGUGACGCCCACUGUUGUCAAGCCCACUGUAGUAACACCUCCCGUGGUAACUACACCGGUGGUAGUUACACCCACAGUACAAGAUAAUUCAUCACCCGCCAUGAUGAUGGAAGACGAUGAGUUUGACUUAUCAAAGGAUAUGGAUGAGAUUUUGGAUAGUGAUGGAGAGGACUCGGACUCUGAAGAUCAAUUUGAAGAGAUUGCUGCUCCUACAGCAGCCAGUGUCACACCAUCCAUGCCAUUGACACCUUCACUUCAUCCUGCGUCACCUAGUAUACCUCUCAACUUAGCAUUACCAAGUACACCCACUGCAACCCUCGUCCAUACAACCACAUCCUCUCCUACACCUCUUCAUGCUCCUUCUCCUACCAACGUUAAAAAACGUAAGCUUGCAUCCGCACCCAUCCGCCACCCGGGCAUCAUCUCUCCCGUCAUGCCCAUAACAAAGCCAACACACAUGAUGGUUGGUAACAAGAAACAAAAGACCGAAUCUUCUUCAGAGGAAGAAGAUUCUUCCAGUGGAUCCGAGUCGGGUAGUACAGACGAUUCUUCCAGUGGAGAAAGUGAGAGCGAAAGUGGUUCCAGUAGUGAUGAUGACGAUUUUGAGUCUUUGGCUCAAGAUAUCUCCAUGAGUCUGGAUAAAGGUGGUCCCUCGGCUCCACCAUCGCCUCAGCAUCAUCAUAGCAUGACUGGUGGUACACCGGGACAUACUCCCACUCCAUCUACAAGACAGCCUUCUUCUCAAGGUGCUCCUGCUCCCAUGUCUCUGCGUGCUUUAUUCAAAGAAGAUGAUGAAGAGGAGGGAUUAUCUAGUUCGAGUAGCGAAGACGAGUAAAAAGAGAACUUUAUA